AUGUUUCAGAUUGCUUUGAGAACAUUCUGCUCCAUCCUGGGAUCAAGGCGGGCACGAUACAAAGAACAUUUUGUUCUCGAAAUCCUGUCAAACUUUCGUCGUGUGAAUAUCCCCAAGCUGUUAAACAACAAUAUAUUUGUGGAUUUCUUAAACACCUUUCUCAACUUACCGGUAUUUGGACAGACUCCAAUCUAUAUUUUAAAAGACAAAUCUUGGGAGCUUCACCCUGAACUGCCGUCCAACCUGAGGGAACACAUGAGCGGGUUUCUGAAGUGGCUGGAAGAUCAUCGUUUGCAGCAUUUCCUGAAGACAGACCUGUACCUUCACUUCAUUUUGUGCCAACUGUUGCUGGGCAUGACUUUGCCCGGUCUGGCAGCACCCAAAUAUGAAUCCGUGCCUAAGGAAUCGUCGGAAUCUCUCGAAACAUUGCAGUUCUCUGAAGACAGCGUGUCCUCUGAUUCAAUAAGCUCUAAAUCACAGGAGUCCAGCACCCAGCUGGGCCAUGAGGCGGCCAAGGUAGAAAAGGCACAGCCGAGCAAGACAUGGGACCAGUGGCUGCUGAAACGCUGCAUCGGGAGCGUGCAGGGGAUGAGGCGCUUUCGAUCAUUUCUCAUGGGGACAACUGGAGCAGAGCUGGCGGAGUUCUGGGUGAGGGUGGAGAGGAUGCUGAAACUCAACGAGAUUGACGUCAACCAGCGAGACCAGUACUUUGCUCAGCUCCGCACGUUACAGGCCACUCACCUGCAGGAUGGGUCUGUCGUGAUGUCCACCUGCGGAGGUUUUACAGAUAUUUCAUCGUCGAAUGCAAUGGAGCUCUAUCGAACCAGGAGGGAUUUCAUAGUGAAGCUACAAAAGGGGGUCCUGGAGAAGCUGAAAGGGUACUGGUUGCCCCGCUUCCUGAUGCACUGCAAACGCAACCUGAGAAAGCUGAACGGGUACGAUGUUGUCAGCCGGGAGUAUCGAGAAGAGAUAUCACAUGGAAAGGUCACAGAAGACAACUCGCCCUACCCCAUCCCAACAACGAGCAUCAAACGUACAGAAGGCAUCUCCUGGCCCUAUUACACCAAGGCUCACAAGCGUCUCCUCUGGAAGCUGCCCUACUGUAAGACCAAGCACGUGAAGAUCACAACGACACCGCAGCCUCCAACUAAGGAGCGACGGAGCUGCGGCCGAACCCAGCCAAAGGCAACUGCCCCCAAGCCCACUCCACAGACUCUGUCCAAACAGGAGGAGCCAGUGUGCCUUCCUCAGCCACCAAGGUGGGUCUGUUCAUCAUCACCAAGUAGAGAUAAACAGAUGAAGAGCAUACAGGGUCUGGACACCAUCCUGAAGCGAGACUGUGCUAUCCCACUCAUCAAAGCCCCUUCGAUGCUCCAAUGUCAGAGGUUUCCGGAGAUGCCCCUGCAGUUCAGGUACCUCCACUGGGCCUUUAAUGCAGACCAGCUGGCAGGAGAACCGUUUGCAUCUUUCCUGAGGAUGAAAAAGAACCUCUCCCAUCUCUCCUACCUGCUCCUCUGGCACGACAUGACCAACUUCUUGAACGUUGUGUUGAGUGUGAAGGACAGAGCUGGGUAUCUUCUCAGGAAAAUCCUGGGUCAGAAGAUCAUUGAAGUGUACUUGACUGAGAAUAGUAACCAGUAUGCCAAGCUGCAGGUAGAAACUGCUCAGAACCUCAAGACCCUUCUCCCCUCGGGUCAGGUCAUUCCAUGGAUAUUCACUGCCCAGAAGGAGAUCUGUGAGAUACUCCUGGGAACAUAUGACGAUUUUCUGGAUCAAGAGGAUAUGAACUUCCUCAAUCUUGCGGCUGGGGCCAAACCAAAUGAUCCAAGCAGCUGGACACAGUGCAAGAAUCUGCCACCACGUGUGGCAGACACAGAGGACCUGCACAUCAGGAGGAUGGCCAGGUCGAUGCUACUGAACCAGGCCUGCACCGCCAUCGGCGAUACCGACAAACUGACCGAUGAGGAAUGGAUGCUGCUGGUCUCUGAGGACACCACUAAUCUCGGCUCCAUGAAGAUGGUCAUAAAGGCAGCGGCUGAAGAUAUGGAGAUCAAGAACAUGACCUUUGAGGAGCUUGCACUGAAGCAUCCAAGGCUGGCAAUUGAGGAGCUGAGCAAGAGCUUUCAUCGAUAUUUCAAGAAGUUGGUUCUACUUGGUCUGCUGGAUAAAGAGGUUUUGCGGGACCAUCUGUACUCAAAGCUGAACGUGAAGGUUAUGAAAGUCGGGAAAAAGAUCUUAACAAGACCCAAAAUAGUUCCCAAGAGACUGACAGAUGUGCUGACGGACACAACGGGAUUGCAUUUCUUCCAGAGGUUCCUGGAAGCCUAUGAUGCUGACUUUCCACUGCAGUUCUGGCAGGCCGUAGAGCACCUCCAAAACCUCACCACUCUAAACGAGAAGCGACUCUAUAUCAACUGGAUGAUGAAAUACUUCUUCAACCAGAACAUCCAUCCAGGUGGGUGCCACAUAGAGACUAGAGCCAGAGAAAUCCUAUCCAAAUUCUUCCAGUAUGUCCGGAGAACAUUUGUAUUUCUCAGGCAGUGA